GGGUGUGGUCUGAGCACACGUGAAUAAACAUGGCCACCAAAUACAGGAGAACUUUAAGCUUUCUUUCUGCAGGGAAGAUACACCUAAAGAACAGUGUUAAGGUUGUAAGUAUAUUCUACAAUCUAACAGACCCGUCCUGUAUCGGUGUGAAGGCGUUCAUGAAAGAGAAAGUGCCUCAAAUCCAGUACAAGAAUCCUGAAAUACAGAUAGUCUCUUUCAAGAACACUAAAACGACCCCACAAGUCACUGUGUAUCACAGUAACGACACAAAGACGUUCAUUGAUUGUAGAUAUAAAAAGUGUGAACAAAUUUUAGAAGAACUAUCAAUCACCUGUGCUAAACCACUUUCUCAAGUCGAACGUGAGGCUCAAUUAAGUUUGCCCAAUCCUGCUAACUUUGGUGACGUGAGAAAAGGUCAAUACUGUAUCUGUAGAAUACCUGGACAGAUACCAUGCCCAAGUAUAACUCCAGUACGUAAUGUUGAUCACUCGUGGAAGAAUAAAAGAGGGGCUUAACACUUGUAGCUACUUGCUAAUAAUAAUAAUAAUUCUUUAUUAGUAAAAAAAUAAUUUGUAGCUAUCUACAUGA